CACGUGUGCCGGCUAAUAAAAAUGUUCAAAGGUUGCUGGCUGCUCAGCAUGACUUGGUCAGACAGGACCAGGGAGACUGUAGUCCCAGCCAGGAAAGGCACUUUCACCUACACCGCAAGCAGAUGGAGCCAGUCUCUCUCCCAGCGCUGUCCCGAGUCGCCAUCUGCGGCGGUACCCAUGGCAACGAGAUGUCGGGCGUGUACCUGGUGAGGGAGCUGCAGAGGCAGAAGCUGGAGAAGGCAGGGUCAGCAACCUUGACCACGGUCAUAUCCAACCCACGUGCUGUCCAAGUGUGCAAAAGAUACACCGACAUGGACCUCAACCGCUGUUUCACUGACGCCAUACUUAGUUCACCUGUGACGGAUGCCACCCCGUACGAGGUGAGGCGAGCCCAAGAGCUGAACACACUGCUUGGGCCCAAGGGCAACGUGGGGGCCAUGGACCUGGUGUGUGACCUCCACAACACCACAGCCAACAUGGGCCUCAGCCUCAUCUCCUACUCUGUCCAAGACUGGGUCAUCAUGCACAUCUAUAGACAAGUCCAGAGGAAGAUAACCUCAGCGCCCGUGAGGUUUAUCCUGCUGGAUCUACCCCUAGCUGAUGCCUACUCUCAGGACUCCCUGGGCAAGCAUGGCUUCUCGAUAGAGGUGGGACCUCAACCCCAUGGUGUGGUCAGAGCCGACAUCUUCAACAUCAUGAAGGAGGCGGUCGACCAGACACUAGAUUGGGUCCAGUGCUUCAACUCAGGAAGUGCCUUUGAAGGUGGCGAGGUGGACGAUGUGUACACCUUUGUGAAGAGUGUAUACUACCCAAGAGACCCAGAGACCAAUCAAAUCACUGCUGCCAUACAUCCCCAAGUACAGGACCAUGACUUCUGCCUCCUCCAUCCGGGAGAUCCCAUGUUCCUGAUGUUUUCUGGGGAGAUAGUUAAGUACGAAGGGGAAGAAGUCCUCCAUCCCUUCUUUGUGAACGAGUGUGCAUACUAUGAGAAGAGUAUUGCCUUCCACCUGGCACGAAAGAUGACAGUCACUAUACCCCCCUUGCAAGUGAAGAGAUUGAUGAAGGGAGAGGGGGAGGAAAAGAGAAUUUAAAGAGUGGGAUAAUUAAAGGGAAAACACACACAACCUUAAGAAGCACUAACUAGUCUAACCUCAUUUUCAAUUGAUUUUGAAUUCCAUUGUUUUUUUUAUCAUCACCAAAUAACAUCAGGCAUACCUGUAUGUUAAAUUAUGCAAUUCAAUCCAAUAAUCUAGUAUGUCAAUUAAACAUUUACAUUUUUUGUUUAAGUAGUUGUCUUCAUAGUGAUGUAAUGUUGCAUUGCACUGCUCCAUUUAAUCUUGUGUUUUCUAGGUACAGACGACACCUUUGAGAUAGUUUAACGCAGGAAAAGCUUACAACGGUAUGAAUGCAGAAUGACGUCGUGCAGAAAGGAGCUCGAGUUUGCCAGGAAGUUGGAUGAUUGAUAGGUGGUUGUAGAAUGGAUCUCGGUAGGCAUAGUCAGAGAUGGUGUCGCAGCAUUGAGAGGAACCCUGGAUGAUUAAAGGAGCUUAAUGGUUUGCAGUGGUUGAAAGGGCAUUAUGGUUCAGGAUGGUUGAUGGGAAGUGAUGGUUCGGGAGGAUGACUGCUCGGUCGUCAAGGUAUCGUCAGAUGACGACUGAGUGUUUGGGGUGGGAGUCCCGGAGGCAUCUUCUUCUUGGUGCAGAGUUAAUGUAUCCUGGGGGGAAAAAAACAAGAAGAGCAGAGAGGGGAGGAGACGGGGGUGGUGAAGGGAUCCGAAAUGCUACAGAAGAUCACAAAUAUAUACAGCCAUUGAUUGGCGAAUGAAGUAAAUUGGUUUCAGGUGUGGUCUUUCCUCCUGAACUUGAGAUGUGUGUAACAUAACACCAUUUAAUGAUCUAAAAGACACUCCCACACACAUACAAUAUUAACACUCAGACAGGAGGUCAGCAUAGGUGAACUUUAUUCUUAUGGAAACAGGUAUGCAGUGUGCUUUAGGUAUAGUCACAUAAAAACGCUUACAAAAGCCACAAGUUGUUUCAAAACACUGUAGGCUUCAGAAAAGCUAUGUACUGGAGCUACAUUUACUUCAACAUAACCAAACAAAAUAUCACGAGCAUCAAGAGGAAGAUCAAAACACAGGUUAGCUAUAGUGGCGUCAAAACAACCCAGGAUAACAUGUCUUUACAUUCAAAUAAAUGUCAAUAAAUAUGGAUGACAAUGGGAAAGAAGUGGUUACAUUCCAAAACAUUCAAUCAACAUAUGACACAAAAUUAAACUGAAUAUUCUCAUCAGCUGAAAAAAAAAAGAAAGGGAAAUGUAAACAAACGGGGUCAAAAGUCACUACAACGCUCUAUAGAUAACAUAAUACAAAACAUCAAAAGCAACAAACCAUUUAGUUUAGGAAAAACUAGAAAAAAAAAGGCUAGGAUUGCAAAAAGCGUUCAUUCAUAAAUGGUAGAGAUGGCAACAGAAGCAAAGGCAAAAUAUGACUCCAAUCGCUGUUAACUUGAAUUUUAAAAAGCCUCGUUAAAAGAUUCACCAACAAACAGGUUUCAAAAAAACAAACGCACUUCACCUUCUCAUAAUCAACCACAGGUGUUGUUAAACAUUAUACACAUACAGUACGUGCGGCUGGGGACAAAUUCAUCUUAAAAGUCAAAUCAAAUUAAACAAUUGCCUCUACGACAGUGAGAAGCUCUUAGGAUAUGUUUAUACAGGUGAUGUCUCGUUUGAGGUUAGAUUGGCUAGUGUGAGCUGUCGAACAGUUGUGCUUAAGGUGGAGAGAUUGUUUAGGCCACCCCUAUGGGGUGGAGUUAAGGUGUCGAAGGUUUAGUCACCCUAAAAUCUGUCAAUCAGGUAUAGUAAUGGGGAAGAUUGUCACGACGACGACAAUGUAAAGGCGUAGUUGUUACAGAGUGGAUCACUGGGCUACCCUGUGCUCUUCAUGCCUCGUCCUGGCGAGGCCAGUGUGCAGACUUUUGUCCCAAGCCCAGCACUAAAUCACUUGAGCUGUGUUCAGUGGGGCACAACGUUAUGGAGCCUUCAGAUACUCUGACAUGACGAGUAAGAAACGUCAGCUCUAAUGAUCACAUUUCUAUUUGCAAUGUUUCAGUACGUUGCAACCCUCUGAACGUGACCCAGAUUCUACUUACAAACAGGACGGUUAACAGACGCAAACACACAUAGGCCUUUCAAGAGCAGAGGAGUAUCCUAGGAAGCAAGCUAAAACUACUCAGGGUUUUCCAAAAUGAACCAACCGUCUUUAUUUAUUUUUUUAUUCUCAUGAAUGCUGACUUCGGUGUGCUUAUCAAUGUGCUUAUCAAUGCACAAGCACUUUCUACCCAC